ACACAGGUGCGCUGACGUGGAAGAACGUACACGUCGGUAGCAGCUGUGGGCAGUAGAGGCAUGCGGCGGCGUUCUCCGCAGAUAGAGUGACGUCAUAGUACACUGUUACAGAGUGUAUGUCAUAGUACAGUGCACACGUACUACGCGCACGACAGCGGGACGCCCUCUCUGAAACGUGACGGAAAGCUUGGGAAGACAGGUACGCAACACGCCGGGGUACCCCGUGGAGCGCUGGCACCAGUGCCAGGACCGGUGCAACUCGACCGAGGGCGCAGUGUUCGGCGGACUGGAAGGUGGUACUCCUACCCUCGUAGGGAGGGCAUUCUUCGACGGCCGCUUCUCGCCCUGCAAGGUCGUUGCUGUGGGCUGCGUGCUGCCUGGAGGACAGACGGCUAGCCCUUAGCGGACGCGCCUUCGAACCCGAUCAAGGCACCGCGAGCGCAUAGAUCUCCAAGACGUUCUGCGACGCAUCCGGCGCUUCGACCGAAGAAGGACGAAGCGCGCGCGGCGGCGCAAAGGAAGCGAGGCGCCGUCAUUGGAGUGGGACGACUGCGCGCGCGCCGUGGUACAUACACUAUACACGAGCACGCGUGUAGCGCCAACGACGGCGCCAAGAAUUGACAUGUGUAUGUGGGUCACGGAAAGUGGCAUCAGCGCGGCAAUUUAGCGCGGACCGCUGCGCGCCACGGCGCGAUCACGGGGCGGCGACCAGAAGCGCCUGCGCGUCGCCGCGUUGUGUAGUGUGACGGUCGACAAGCGAGAGGGCGUCGCGAAGCCACCACUCCCCUUCCAUAUUGGCCUUGCGCCGGCGUGGCCUCCUCUGCUGCAGCGAUAACCGCGAGUGCGAGCCCCCGACCCAUCCCGCGCUUCCUGUGAGCCGUGCGCGCGUCAUCGAAGGGCGAGCAUCGAACGAAAGCCGGCCGUGCUUGUAUCGACAGGGCGACCUCGUUGUGGUGACUGACGAGGAACGACACCAACCAUGGCGCUGCUGACCCAGAGGACGAUUUCGGCGGUACCGGGUGGACCGCUGGUUCGGAUCGCUUCCGGAUUGUCGUCUCGUUUCGCCUUCUUCGCGCUGACGCUGUUGGUGCUCUACGGCGCGGCGUCGUCCCACGGAGUCGCGGCAGCGUUCGGGGCCGUCCGCGCGAGAGGAGAAGACGUGUCGCUCAUCGAGUGGUCGCACGGCACCAACAGCCGCUGGAAGCUGGAGCAGGCGCUGAGCGGCCGCGCGGCGCCGUACGUGGAGGCGGACGUGAGCCAGGCGGACGGCAUGGCCGUGAUGGCGCACCCGCCCGUGCGCUCGUGGGACCUGAGCCUGCGCGAGUUCCUGCGCAUCGUGUGCGGCACGCCACGCAACGUGACGCUCAAGCUGGACUUCAAGGCGAGCGAGGUGCUGGAGAGCGCCUUCUUGGACAUGGAGAACGCGCCCCUGGAGAACUUGCGUGACCUGUGGCUGAACGCCGACAUCGUCGAAGGACCGGGUGGCAAGCCUGACGUGGAUGCCCAGCACUUCCUGCAGCUGUGCACCAGCCGCUUCCCGCAGGCCACCCUGUCGCUCGGCUGGACCACGCGUCCUAUGACGUCUUACACCUGGGCCCACGUCGAGGCCAUGGCGCGGCUCCUGGUCUGCGGUCCGUACCGCGUUCCGCAUGUCACGUUUCCCGUGCGAGCCUCCAUGCUGGCCGCGUCGACACCGCAGCUGCUGUGGCUCCUGGACGUCAUCCCUGGCUCGACGCUCACUGUCUGGUCUUCGCCGCGCGACCCAUGGAGCACGAAAGCACUGGUCAAGCUACGGAACCUUCUGCCGUUGUCAGCUGUGUACUACGACCUGCCGUCCGACCAGAAACAGGACUUUGAACGCGCUAAGGCCGCCAUACCGCCCUCCGCGCAGCACAACCGACACGUCGAUGAUGGUCCGCUACCGGAAUGGUCACUGGGCGUCGGCUACUCCUGCCAACAGAGGGCGCUGGCGGGCAAGCGGGCGGUCGUGUUAGCCGGACCGGGAGCCAGGCUCGUGCUGCCAAAGAAGUGGGACCUUGUGGAAGCCAAGGUCGAUCUGACCCGUGUGGGAAGCUUAUCGUUGGCCUGGGGACAGGACACGGACAAUAUACAGAUCAAUGGAGGCUGCUUCUAUGUGACGCUGACAAACGGCCCCAACAUAACGGCGCAGGUGUGGGCCUCUCCUUGUCUGCCUACCACCGCUUCUUUCGAUGAAGAAGACCACGACAAGAAGAGCAACAUGUUGCGCUCGGGAAAGCCUCUGGUGACUCGCAAGUGGCCGUUGUCGUCGUCAUCACCGUCGCCGCAGACGUCAUCACCGACGGCGAUGGCGGCUGUGCCUCCAAAUUCGCUCGUGCUCGAGUCUCCGGGCGCCGCCGUGGUAUACGACGUCCGCAUUUCAUCGUCGGCGGCCGCUUCGCGCGCGACGUCAUUGACCACGUUACUGCUCUUGUGCCUCGUGACUGCCUUGGCUGCCUUCCUACUCGGCUGAGGAUGUGACUCUUGAACAUGCGUGUUAGCGGGUCACCGUCAAAUUCAAGUUGACCGUUUCUUCUGCACGACUACAAAUCGAAGCGAUAUCGGCACAGCGAACGCGUGCUCUCGUUUUUACGAAGUCAUCGGAAGCCAGGAAUCUAUGCACUAAAUUGUAACUUUUCAUGCUGACAUGGCUUGACGGCUGGCCGUCGUGUCCUUUGGCGUUGCUGGCGACUACUCUGGAGACCACCGCGGAGGUGUUGCUUGUCACAUACAGAGGUCGACACUUGUCAAGAGCGCGCGAGGCGCGUGCUUUGAACUGCGCUGGCGACAUAUAGUGAUGAUACCUUGUGCGAAACCAGCUGGAUCUGAGCAUGCAAACUAAAUUUACAGGGUGCGUUGUCUUCUCUCUCCCUACUGGUUGCCUCAUGCUAUGGUCGCUGCUUUGGCCGUCAGGAUCGUAUUCUAUACAAGCGUCACCUUUGUCCAUGUGGCAAGAGGGUGACGUUGCGCAGACUGUUCACAAAAUGUUUUGCAAUACUUUGCAAUCUAGACAGCUCGUAGCUAUUCUCGCUGGGGUUUCUGUUGUUGUGGGUCAUCAACUUUAGCCAAUGUUAUUAGUAUGCGUUAUCGCACACGGCAAGAAUCACUGAUGCGCGUUCUAAUAUGCUUCUGGUAAUGGCCAAUUGUGCCAGGCACUGAAUAGCUAAUUAAAAUUCAGCGUAACUACUUUCUUCGUCGCCUAACGUACGGACUUGUUACAGAGUACCCGAGCUCUAUGUUGCAGUGAUAACCUUGUCUAUACGCAUUGGCGGGCAGUGAUAGUUAUUCUUCUGAAGCCAGUUUACUGGUGGCCGAGGUAAAAUUUUAUCGACUUAUAGUGGGCAAUUGCUCAAUGAAAGGCAUGAUCUUGUCAAUGCUUACGUAUGUAUAUGUUAAUUGCAAUUGAUUAUAUGGCUUGCGACGAAGGGUAGAAACCACUGCCUUCAAAUCCGUACGAUUACUUAACUUUUAUCGGUAUAGCGUGAGGUCCUGUGUGGUGUGGUAAUAAAGAAAAUAUGCGAAGGUAGCGCCGCAUAGUUUGUUCUUAAGUGUGUAAUAAAGUGGUUCUGGCCAGUG